AAAUCAUCUCUCUCAUCUUCCCUAUCUGUCUUUCUCUCCUACCGUUUCUUCACAAACAACCAAAGCGAACCACCACAGAAAGAAAAAACAAACAGCUUCGUGAUCGUCAUCAUCCUCCGCAAAAAAACCAAAAUGGGGAUCGUCGUCAAGUCAUUCAAAGAUCAAUUCUCCUCUGAUGAGAGAUUGAAGGAGUCGAGCAACAUCAUUGCCAAAUAUCCAGAUAGAGUUCCGGUGAUCAUUGAGAAAUAUUCAAAUGCAGACCUCCCUGACAUGGAGAAGAGCAAGUUCUUGGUCCCACGAGACAUGACUGUUGGACAUUUCAUUCACAUGCUAAGCAAUAGACUACAGUUAGAUCCAUCUAAAGCCCUGUUUGUUUUUGUACAGAACACACUUCCUCAAACAGCUGCUCGCAUGGACUCUUUGUACAAUACUUUCAAGGAAGAAGAUGGUUUCCUCUACAUGACGUACAGCACUGAGAAGACAUUCGGCUAACCCAAAAAAAAAGAUUCGUUGCUUUAAUAUUUGAAAAGCUCGUUUUCUGAAUAAUCCGUUUGUUUGACAUAUUAUUUGUGAAUAAUGAAUGUCAGCUCUUGUUAGCUGACCUUUGUACAGAAAAGCUAAAAAAAAAUUGACUUUGUAAAUUGUAUUCAAUAAUAAAACAAUGUGAUGAUAUGAUUCACACGAAA